AUGAUCUUACUAGAUAGAUUGAACUCUGGGUUGAACGAAGCAGACAGGCGAAUCAACGGCUCCCCGCUACUGUGCGUCCAGCUCACCUCAGGCUACAUCAAUGUUUACACAGCUAUUGGACUAAUUUCUUGCGAAUUCCAUCAAUUAGUAUAUUACCGUCCUUACACAAAGGACGGCGCAAUCAAGUCCCUCAACCCCAUCUACUCCAACGAUCCGUUCAUUAGCCGCGUUUUGCCAAAGUCCAUCACGCCCCCUCAUACCGCCCUAUCACUGAAGAAACAUCUGUGCAAGAUCGAAGGCGUGGCAGGAUCAAACGCCAUUUUAUUCGAAGCGCUGUCGGAUGAUGCUGCCAUUCCAGAUUCCACGCGUCUCAAGCUCCGUGGUCAUCUUGGCUUAGGCGUGUUGUCUCGCGAGCCCAUGGCUUUGGUCGUCGGGGCUGCUGAAGUUGAGAAACGAUCAAGCGGCCCUGAUCCACAGGCGAAGGAACUAAGCGAAAACCCUGACCCACACGAGACGCACUACAUAUAUUACCGUGUAUACGAUGAAGACGGCGAAGUGAACUCGAAAACAACCUUCGACAGAAAUGAUACCUCCUUGGGUCGCGUAGACACCUUAUCCGUGGCGCCACCUUACACCGUGGCCUCCUUGAAAUCCCGCAUCGCGAAAGCCGAAGACAUCGUAGACCGGGCGAUCCAAUUGUUCGAGGACACCGAUGGUGAAACCCUCAUGAAGGACGCUGACCGGGCAUCCUUUCUCGCAGAGACCUUUCCGGGUUGCCUUGAAGAUGACCCGUUAGCCUUCAUCUACGGGCCAAAAAUCCCGGGCCAAGGAUCAAUGACGAGGCCGAUUCGAGCAAAUAUCGAUUGCAGUCCCAAUCCCCAGAGCAUUUCCACCUGGCAUGCCCACUACGUAGGAGAGGUUCUCCACACUGACGGAGUCAAGGUAACAAAAACUUACAUUAUGCCCGGGGGUCCAACAGGCAGCUGGAACGGUUACAUGGCAAUAAACUCGGCUGGAAAACUGGCAUUCGUGAUAGCCGCAAAUCCGUUUCGUAAAUCACGGUAUUAUUCAGUCGGUUUUACUUCUAUCGCUGUUAUGAAAUUGCGACUUCAACGUUCAACGUUCAACGCUAAUGAUUGA